AUGUACUCAGCCGACCAGCAGAUUCAGGCGAGGUACGUUCAGUAUCCGAAAAUUGACGUUGUUGAGCUCUCGCAAAACUUUCUUUCAUUUUAUCUUCGAGACUGUGAUGUGUCUAUUGCAAAUGCAUUGCGCCGUGUAAUGAUUGGAGAGGUUCCCACUUUGGCUAUCGAUAUUGUUACAAUUUCGGAAAACACAACGUGCUUGCAAGAUGAGAUUAUCACUCACCGGCUCGGACUUAUUCCCAUAGAUAGCACAAACUGUGAAAAUUUCAAGUACAACCAUUUAUGUACUUGUGUAGACAGUUGUGCGGAGUGUCAGGCGCGUUACUCAAUCGAUAUGACUGUCACUGGAAAUAGCGUUUAUAAUCUGACGCAUUACGACAUUAGCCCUAUUGGAAACGCGCCCCCAAUCCGUAUUUUUCACGACGGCACUUUCCAAAACUUAAUAAAUCGUCAGUGCAAAACCGAACCUGGUAUACUCAUUGCUAAGUUGUCUCCAGGAAGUUCUUUCAAAGCAGAGCUUCAAGCAAUUAAAGGAAUAGGAAGUAUACACACCAAAUGGAGUCCUGUAGGAACAGCUACUUUUCAGAACGUGGCUGAAAUAACUAUAAAUAAAGAUAUGCAACGAAGCAUUCCGAACAACCUCAAAAUCGAGCUUUACAAUAAAUCUCCACGGGGGCUAUUUUCUUUAAUAAUGCAAAAUGAAAUAUCGGAAAACUAA